AUGGCUCCUCUCGCCGACUUCCUUCUGGCCAAUAUCCCCUUCCGCCUACCCACGCACCUGUCAUCCUAUGUCGAAGGCGUCACUCCCUUAUCGACUACUCCCGCUGUGCUGGCAGCUCUCUCCUCAUACUUGGCCGUCAUCUUUGGCACUCAAUUUUUCAUGAAAAGCCAGCAGCCACGCAAACUCACCACACUCUUUCAACUACAUAAUGUCCUACUAAGCUCGGGGAGUUUUCUCCUUUUGGCGCUCAUGCUGGAAGAAAUCAUUCCGAGGAUUUGGACCCAUGGUCUGCAUUUUGCCCUUUGCGACGAGAAAUCUUGGACAUCAAGAAUGGAAUUUUAUUAUAUGGUCAAUUAUUAUUUCAAAUAUCUCGAAUUGUUGGACACCGUCUUCCUCGCUUUGAAAAAGAAGCCCCUUCAAUUCCUGCACGUCUUCCAUCACUCUGCGACCGCUUUGCUCUGUUACACUCAACUCAACGGCAAGACCAGUAUUUCAUGGGCCGUGAUCACCCUCAAUCUGGCUGUCCAUGUCAUUAUGUAUUAUUACUAUUACGCAACCGCUGGUGGAGCCCGAUUUUGGUGGAAAAAGUACUUAACAACAAUGCAGAUCGUGCAGUUUGUCAUUGACAUAGCUGUUGUCUACUUCGGCACAUAUGAACACUUCGUGGCUGCGUACGCUCCGCACCUCCCUCACAUCUCAAAUUGUGCUGGGUCGGAAACGGCUGCUUUGUUUGGCUGCGGCCUUCUCACCUGCUACCUUUUCCUCUUCAUCAACUUCUAUUUCCAAACCUACAAGAAGCCCGCGACAACCGGAAAGAGCAGCGGUUCUGCAAACAGUCACACAAACGGGAGUACUUAUCAGAAUGGAACUGGAUCCUCGCACAAAGCGGAGUAGACUCGGAUAUUACCCGUUCAACAUCACGUUAAUUAUGAGUUACAUGGGCAUAUAUACCCCUGAAAACAUUAAGCCCAAUACUAAUAUAAAAUCUUGUGGGGGUUCAGUCUGGCAAGCGCUUGUGUUGGUCAAGAAUUCUAGGACAUGUUGUUUAGUAUGUAAAUGCAAAUAACGAACUUAGAACAAAGCUAUGCCUUAUAAGCCA